CGUUCUCAGAAGCCAGCGCGGGAAAAGCGUCUUUUUUGGUGAAAGCGGGAAUUACACACGAAGGAUCUGUGUUCAACAAUUUUCACAACUAUAGCAACUUAAAUAGUCAAGCAGUGUCAGGAUGAAGGUGGUUACUUGUGAGAUCGCCUGGCAUAAUAAAGAGCCAGUAUACAGUAUGGAUUUCCAGCAGAGUGGAGAGGGAAGGAUACAGCGCCUGGCUACUGCUGGUGUGGACACCACAGUACGGAUGUGGCGUGUAAAUAAAGGUCCUGAUGGAAAGGCGGUUGUUGAGUUUCUGUCUAACUUGGCACGACAUACUAAAGCAGUUAACGUGGUCCGUUUCUCACCCACUGCUGAAGUCCUGGCUUCUGGAGGGGAUGAUGCCGCUAUCUUGCUUUGGAAACUGAAUGACAGUAAAGAGCCUGAACAAGCCCCAACAUUCCAGGAAGAUGAAGAUGCUCAACUCAAUAAAGAGUGUUGGAGUGUUGUGAAGACUCUGAGGGGCCACAUUGAGGAUGUGUAUGAUAUCUCAUGGACCAGCGAUGGAAAUUUCAUGGUUUCUGGCUCUGUGGACAACACUGCCAUCAUGUGGGAUGUCAACAAGGGUCAAAAGAUGUGCAUCUUUAAUGAUCAUAAGAGUUAUGUGCAGGGAGUGGCAUGGGAUCCACUUGGACAGUAUAUUAGCACGCUAAGCUGUGACAGGGUAAUGCGCGUAUACAGCGCUCACAACAGGAAAAAAGCUUACUGUGUGAGUAAGAUGACAUCAACCACUGGUGGAGAUGGAGAGAUGAAGAACUAUAGAAUGUUUCAUGAUGACAGCAUGAGAUCGUUCUUCAGACGUCUCACCUUCACGCCAGAUGGGUCAUUUCUCCUUGCACCAGCUGGGUGUGUUGAGGCUGGAGAGAAUAUCACAAACACCACAUAUGUAUUUUCCAGGCAAAGCUUCAAGAGGCCCAUUGCUCAUCUUCCCUGUCCAUCUAAAGCAACCCUGGCUGUUCGCUGCUGCCCAGUCUUCUAUGAACUCCGGACCAAGAAAGCUGAAGACGGUUCACUAAAGCCGGUGUCAAAUACGUUCGAUUUGCCUUAUCGGCUGGUGUUUGCUGUUGCGUCAGAAGACUCUGUCUUCUUUUAUGACACACAACAGACACUGCCAUUUGGAUAUGUGUCCAACAUCCACUACCACACACUGAGUGAUCUCAGCUGGUCUCGUGAUGGCUCCUUUUUGGCAGUGUCUUCCACAGAUGGCUACUGUUCCUUCGUGUCAUUUGAGGAAGGGGAGCUCGGCAUUCCAUUAAAGGAGCGACCUCCACUGGAGAUGGUGACCCCGGCCUCCACCAAUGAGAAGAAGGGCAAGAGACCUUCAGCCAAUGGCAAGAUGGCAUCCCCAUUGCCCCACCAGGCAAACACACCUGCUGCACAGGAAAAGGAUAAAGAGGCAUCUGCUGGCCCUGCGUCUUCAAAGACACCCAGCGUAUCUGGUCCAGAAGAGAAACGCACUCCGCAAGGACAAAAAAGCAAACCUCAGUCCAGACGGAUCACACUCAACACUUUGGAGGGCUGGGGAAAGCCCAGCACCCCCAAAUCACCAGCAGCUGCCCCCAGUACAGCCCCUGACACCUCCAAAUCUUCUCCCUCCACACCUGCCUCCAGCAAAAUGCCCCUCACCCCCAAUACAGCCCCCAGUACUCCUCUUGGGCCCUUCAACUUCAAAGGUACCACCACUCCAAAGGGACCUACUCCCAGACGAAUUUCACUGACUGCAGUUGUGUCCAGGUCCCCCUCUACCUCUCAGGACUUUGUUACUCCAUCUUCCACUGAGAAAGCCAAACAUGAAAGACCAUCUCCCCCCAGUGACCCAACGUGCAAAUCUCCUGAAUCCAAGAGGUCCAAGACUGAAGAGCCCAAUGUCUCUACCCAGAGCAAUGAGCACAAAGUGACUACAGAGCCCAGUGUCAAACCAUAGCUACCUAGAAGACUGAACAUGGUUCAUUCGGCCUCCUUAUUAAAAUACCUGAUCUCAAGCUGCACAGGUGAAUACAAUGACAUAUGGAGUCAGGCAUGUACUUGCAUUUUGUUUCUGAAACUCAUGUUUACUUUUUGAUUUUCCAGGAGUAAAAGAGUGUAUGUCCUUUAUUGGAAAAUGCAUGAAAUAUAAUAAUAUUUUUUUCAAAACGACCUGCUUCUCUAUGUUUCAACUUCAGAUUCAUUUAGUUUCAUAUUAUGGACCCUAAAGUAUUACUGUUGUACUGUAUGAAAAACUGUGAAGAGGUGGGGGAAAAUGUUCUUGAACUAGUUUUUCUUUGAAGUACAAACUGUUUAGAUAAAUGGAUUUGAUUGCUUUGUAAAGAGUUGCUUAAACAUUUUGUGAGAUUCUUAGGAAAUAUAUAUAAAUGACUUGCCUGGGUCUGGAUUCUUCUCUAACAUAUAUUUGUCAAAUUAUAACGUGUGAAGUUUAUUGCAUUUAUCAUUCUUGAACUGCAUUUUCUUGUAGAUCAUGAUAAAGUUCACAGCACAUUGAUAGAGAAAAUGCAAUGGUUGUUUUGAUAAUUAACAGUUUUGUCAGGAUUCUAACAUUCUCUCUGUUUCAUUCUCUUAAUUAAAUUUAGUUUUGCACAUUUCUUUUUGCUGCUGCCCCCAACAUUUCCAGUGGUCUACAAAUAUGUUUUUCAGUGCCAGAUUAUUAUUCCAAUUCCCCUUCAAUCAUAAAUAUUUGGUUACAGGCAGUCUUCCAAAGUACUAAAUACCAAUUUACCAGUUUAAGACAAAAAUUAAGACAUCCAUAUUAAUGCUUUUUAUUUUGAAACCUCUGUUUUCAGUUUUCUUAUGCCAUCGUUUCCUAAAGUAUGCUGUUAUUAUAGUGUUUUUGGUGGAGGAAAAUGGUGUUCUAGUGUGAAUGAAAGUUUAAGCGUUGCAAACCGAAUGUGUUUUCUACCGAAAACGUAAUGUUGACUUGGCCUUUAAGUGCUGCAUUAUUUAAAAUCUGUUACAGUUAUAAUAAUAAAUGAGAUAAUUGAUUAAAAAUGUUAAUUUCACUUGACUACUCUUUCAAAACAUGUUUUAUGCCAACCCUGCUAGAUUCAAAGGCUGGGUGGAAGAUUUAUCUAAUAAUGGCUGUAUGUCACUGCAUCACAUCAACACAUUUUUGUUAGUAUA